AUGGAUAAUGUCGCCCAGGACAAGGGCAAAAAGCUCCAGACCGAGCACAACCAAGCCCAUGAAGCCACCGAGGCUCUUCGGAACAUGAAAUUGACACCGGACGUGACUCGGGAUGAGCUGUUGGUCAUGUUCAAAUUUCGACAGGAUAUGAAUAAGGAUGUGUCUGCCGAUCGAGACAGCCCUAACGCCGUAGGUGUGUCUUUCGCCGCCCCCGUCUAUCCACCGUGCCUGCGCCCAUUGAAAGACCUGACAAAGGUCAUGGUGAAGGAUCUAGCUCGCGGAACUCAUCAUCGGGGCUCUUACAUUUUAGUCAGAAUCGUCGCCCUAGCAGACGAGUUGACCGCAGUCAUGGCAGUGGUGGAGGAUGAGAAGACAGAUGCCGUGCCGCUCCGACUGUUGAACGAGGCGUUCUGUUGCCAAGAUGGCACCCUUGAGGAAGGUCGGGUUUUGCUUGUAAAGGAACCCUACUUGGCCUUGAUGUCCGACGCAGACUAUGUUAUUAGAGUGGAUCAUGUUUCCGAUAUCGUCUUUGCCCCAAUGGAUGACAAGAUGGUUCCGUCUGUUUGGCGAGAGGAGCUUCCAGAGGAUUCGACCUCUCAAUGGGUGGCCGGCGACUGGAUAGCCAAGGCCUAUAAACAUUUCAACCGGGGCAGAUUCUAUUCUGCCAUUGAAUGUUUCACCAAGGCCUUGGAGUGCUCCCCAACAGAGGAGGAGACCCAUCACAUCUUGUUCUUCCGGGGAAAGGCCCAUUUCCAUGUCGAUGAGUGGGAUGCGUCUCUCCGUGACUUCGAAGCUCUCCCACUAGGUCCCAAAUCUGACCUGGCUCUGAGGGGCAAAGCCCAAAGCCUGUACCGCUUGAACAGGUUCCGAGAAAGCUGCGAUGUAUUCACGGAGCUCUGCAAGAAAUCCCCGAAAAAUACCAAAGCCAGGGACGAUUUUCGUGAAGCCAUAGCUCGCUUUGCAGAGCAAGAGAAGGGUCGAUACAAUUUCAAGACCAUGCAGGAGCAGGCCUCCAAGGUCUUCCCGCCGAUCUUGGACCAUGCCACAUGGAUUGGCCCAGUUGAAGUCCGACAAACUGAGACCCGGGGACAAGGCCUAUUUACGACACGAGCAGUCAAGGUCGGCGAUCUUCUCCUUUGUGAGAAAGCCUUUGCGUAUGCGAUCGAGCAUCCUCUCAAGCGUAAAUGGGCCAACACCCUCCACAUCAACAUGGAGACAAACACGACUGCACGAGGAGGCCAGAUGGCUAUUGCAUCAUCGAUUAUCAACAAACUGCGCAAAAACCCAUCGUUGGCUCCAGCGUUAACCAAAUUGCACAGUGAUGGGUUUAAUGCCACCGCAACAGCCGCUGUGGAUGGAACGCCGGUGAUAGACACAUUCCACAUCUCGAGCAUAAUCUCGCUGAAUAGCUUCAGUGGUCCAGCCUCUUCGAAAGCCGAGCACAUCCCCGACGUGCAGGAUGCAAGCGGGAACUUGCAAACACUUCUCGCCAACGGCGUCUGGCUCUUAGCCUCUAAAUUCAAUCAUUCCUGUAUGUGCAACGUGAAUCGCGCCUUCAUUGGCGACAUGAUAAUCGUCCGCGCGGCAACCGACAUCCCCGCAAACACCGAGCUGACAAUGUGGUAUCUGCUUCCUGGCCCAGAAAACCAGCCCAUGGAUUUUCAGCACUGGGGAUUUGAGUGCAACUGCAGUAUGUGUGUCGCUAUCAGCGCAACGGAGCCUCACAUCCCGAGGAAACGGAUCCGACUGCGUCAAGAGAUCGCUAUGGCUCUGGAAAACCGCCUGAAUGUGCUUAGCCGCCAGCGUGCUAAAUUGCUCAUUCAGCAACUGACCGAUACGUACUUGCAGGGUCCGGAUGGGGCGCUGCAGAUUGGGUUGUGGGAACCUCUUACUUUGCUUGCUAGUGUUUAUGAACGGCAGGGAGAGCUGAAAGAGGCCAGUAAGCUUAUUCUUCAGGCCUUUGAGGCAAUUGGAUUUGUGCUUGAGGGGGCUGGGAUAGAUGCAAGUGUUGAGGGACCGCUGGUUGUUAAGAAAUGGGGGCUUAUUCUGGAUGGUACCGUCGUUGCGUGGCUUAUUCUUCGCAAUGCUCUGUUCGAGGUUGCCCCUGGGAGGGCGCUACGGGCUGAUCAGUAUGCUCGUCUCGCUUACUUGAUUUGUGUCGGAGAGGACACAAGUUUUGAUGCGGUUUAUGGGCGUAGUUUUGACAACGUUGAACGCUAA